AUGAAGUCCCUGAGGAGGUUCGGCGUCGCGGCCGGCUGUCUGCUAUGGGCUGCGCUGGCAGACUGCGUCCCCUUCACGGUCAACACCACCAACGGCCCCAUCACCGGCCACCCAGCAAAGACAGCGUCAACGGUCCAUGAGUUCCUGGGGAUUCCGUAUGCUCAGCCGCCUGUCGGCAAGCUGCGAUUCAUGCCGCCGCAGCGAUAUGUUGGUGACCAGCCCGACUGCGUGUACACGCCGGCGAAACUGGUCCCUUUCCCCGGCGCGACGCCCAACUACGCUAGGAUCCUGACGGCCUUCAUGGGCAGCGGUGCCAACGUCCACAGCGAGGACUGCCUGACGCUGAACAUCUGGACGAAGGGCACUGCAGGCCGGAAGAGACCCGUCCUGGUCUUCUUCUACGGCGGGAGAUUCACCAUUGGGGAUACCAACACCCCCUUUUUCGACGGCCAGUUCUUCUCAGAAGCCGAGGAUGUCGUGGUGGUGACCGUCAACUAUCGAGUAGGCAUCUUUGGCUUCCCUGGUGCCCCCGGACUGCGCCAGAACCUGGGCCUGAGGGACCAGCGGCUGGCGGUUGAAUGGCUUCGGGACAACGCCGGGGCCUUUGGCGGAGACCCUUCGAGGAUAACCAUCUUCGGGCAGUCGUCUGGAGCUCUGGCAGUCGAUGCGUAUUCCUAUGCGUAUCGAGACGACCCCAUUGUGGCUGGCCUGAUCCUUCAUUCCGGUACCAUCUUCAGCUUCCCUCUAAAUUCGAGGGAGCUGGCGGCCAGGAACUGGUACAAUGCGUCUUCUCUCGCAGGCUGCGGCUCAGCGGGAGAUGUGCUGGCCUGUAUGCAAAGCAAGCCUGUGGACGAUAUCAGACUCGCGGCGGAUAAGGUCCCUCCGCCGCCUAAUACGAGCGUUGCUCGCUCACAGCCUGUGUUUCAGCCAGGCCCAGACGGUGAACUUAUCUUUGAUGACUAUGAGUCCCUGGCGUCUCAGGGGAAAUUCAUCCAAACCCCCAUGAUACUUGGCCAUGGAGACCGUGAAUCUUCAUUCUACAACAUCUCUGCUUCGGCUCGAGGCACUGUUCUCACAGACGAGCAGUGGGCCCAGUUCGUUACAGACGUGUUCGGAUGCCCGGCCAUGAAGGAAGCAGAUUACCGAACUCAGCACAAAAUUCCGCUAUGGAGAUAUCGUUACUUUGCUGAUUGGACCAAUACUCGGCUGUUCCCUAACAGUGGCGCAUACCACGGUGUCGACCUCCAUAUGGUCUUUGGCAAUUCCCAGGGAGUGACCGGAGAUUCAGAAUCGCCAGAUCAAACCAUUCUCAAGAGAAUCAUGCAAAGAGCCUGGGCUGCCUUUGCAGCUGACCCCUGGGCUGGGCUCAAAAGUCAGGGAUGGCCUGUCUACAAGAAGGACGCCUACACCGUGGCCCGUCUUGGGUAUAAUAACAGCCCUUUUCCGGAUUUUGUCAAACCGGCAGCUUAUGAUGCCAAUUGUCGUGGUGCUUAGGACGCCCAUCCUCUUUUUUCCAACCUUCUUCAACUCAGUGUCAAUGUUAAAUCUAAUCCAAGAAGAAGUAAUAUUUACGCAAGGCCUCACUCCAAUUUCAUGUGGUUGCGGCCAUGUCCAGUGAUAGAACAAGCCAAAAAUCAACGGUAUCUAUACCGAGUCUCAUGCAGAGUAUGUUCAAGUGGUACUCUGAACUCCAGGCUUAUAUAACACCAGAAACGUGCAGCCAUGGCUAUGGUAGCUUCAGACCAGCCUGCAAGCCUCCAAUAGUCCCGCUGUCAUUGCAACGGUAAAGUCAAACAGCGCCUCGAAGCUAUCCCGUCGUCUGGCCCGAAGUUGCUUGGGAAGUAACCAAGUAUAUUACCGGCAAGGAUGGUAUAUAACGGAAUAACCCUUCACUAGCUAGCUACCGGGGGAGAGGAUAUCAAUGCACUGCCGUCCCGUCCAUCUGCCCUAAAGAAGUUCAUUGGCUAUGCUUCGUACAGACUCGCGUAGGAAGCGCAAGACAGCCAUAAGGGUUUGUUCUCUCAACCCAGGACAGAAACCGCCUGUAUACAGACCACCUUGAUAGUUGAGAAAGGUUCAGUCGUCCUUACUAAGUCUCGUGGGGGUGCACUCCAUGGACUCGCUGACUUUCAUACAAACUCUAGUUACCGAAGAAGCAAAAAGAUGCGUUUUCCAUAUCCCCCUUGAACCAGAGCCGGACCGCCCGGUAGUCCACUGAGAUGGGUACUCAAACUCAUCCCUGCAUCUCUCCAUUCCUUUGGAGUAUGCUUCGUCGCCGUUCGGAGUACCCCGGGAGUGUGAGGUCCUCUCGAUCGUCCAUCUUGUCUGGGGAAUGUUCGAAUAGCUCCAGGUUCUCACAACCACUGCGUGCGUGGUCAUGUUUGUAUCGACAUCAUCCUUCGAGGGUAGUGUAACCAGUUAUAUCAGCCACCUCCAACUGGCUGUGCUGAAAGCCAUGGGCCAAGGUCACAAACAAGGCAUAACUAGUUAUUACCCAGGUAAACCUCAGCGUUUCGAAUGCUUCCCCCCCUCCCAGUGAAAAUUCAGACCUCUAAACGGCCAGUUUCAGCCUCCCAGGCAAAAAGAAGGCUCUUCAUCGUCACUGUGCAGGGAGUCCACACAAGAAUACGAUAAUGGGUUGAAACACAGCUCGUGGAACACAAGGAAUGGAAAGGGAUAAGCCUGCCAGUGAAGGAUCAGCCUUCGAAUUUCUUCAUUUCACCACCAUCUAGACUCUCAAAAUGGCCUUUUCCUUGCUUGCUUUUUCCUUUCUGACUCUCCUAUCCACCCGGGAAGCCAUAAUUUUUAUACCUACGGAGAUGGCAGUGGCAACCAUUCACAAAUUAACCCAAAUAAAUCAGCAUGGAUAGGAGUUCGAAACUGACGGGCGUCCUGAUAGUUGCUCAAUCAUCCGCGCCGUCGUGGUCCCGUCCGUAUUUGAACUCCUGU